ACUGAUUGAGAUGGUACAGUCCUGUCAUGGCGCUGUAGUGCACAUGGUGUGAUUCUGCGGGUGUAUUUUGCGGAUUUUCUGUGUUAAAAUGCGGCAGAAAAGCUAUUUCUGCUCUUUCUCGGGCUGCCAGGCUGUUUACGAUAAAGAGUGGAAGCUCGAGGCUCAUCUGUGUAAACACACCGGCGUGAGGCCGUUUGCGUGUCAGUAUGAGAGCUGCAGUAAAUCAUUCUGCUCUAAAUCACAUCUCGCACGCCACGCUCUCACACACACCGGCGAGAGACCCUACAGGUGUACUGAGGAAGGAUGUACAGAAGGUUUUACUACGAACGCCAAUUUGAGGAAACACAUUUCACGUAAACACAAGCUGGAGGUGAAGCAGUAUAUAUGUACGUUUGAAGGCUGUGGUAAAACAUUUAAGAAGAACAACCGGCUGAAGAUUCAUGAAUGCACUCACACUCAACUUCUGCCCUAUCAAUGCUCUCAUGAAGGCUGUGAAAGACGGUUUGCAUGCCCCAGCAAACAGAAACGACAUGAGAAAGUGCAUAAAGGUUACCCCUGCUCAGAGGAGGACUGUUCAUUCGUAGGGAAGACCUGGACUGAACUGCUGCAGCACAGGAAAUCCCAUAUAGCGAAAGUGGCGUGUGAUCAGUGUAACAGGAAGUUUACAGAUGAGUGGGUACUGAAGCAGCACCAGCGGGUACACGGUAAGGAGCGGGUGGUGUUCCGCUGCCCGCGGGAGGGGUGCCAGCGCUCCUACACCACCGCCUUCAACCUGCAGAACCACAUCCUGUCCUUCCACCAGGAGGAGCGCGCCUUCACCUGCCCCCAGCCCGGCUGCGGGAAGUCCUUCUGCAUGAGGCAAAGUUUACAGCGCCACUCUGUGGUUCAUGAUCCUGAGAGGAAGAAACAGAAGAAGCCCCGCCCCAAACGAUCUCUAGCCUCACGUCUGAGUGGCUACAAACCUUCAAAAACCCGCCCAGCAGAAAACGGCAAACCUCACAAAUCUACAUCAUCAGCUACCAGCAAAUCAGCACGCUCCAAAUCAGGGCGGGGUCAAGCCACGAGCCAAUCAGAACCUCCUGAAGAUAUUUAUGAUACCAGGACCUCACCAGAACUCACGAAGAUCAGGACAAAUGCAUCACAUGAACUCAACCCCACCAAUGCUGACAUCACCCCAUCAAGCCCACCCAGGAUGGAGGGCACCGAAACCGGCCAAUCAGAAGUCACAGAUUCAGACAGUAUGAUUGUUCUCAUAUUAGAACCCCUCAUGUUAAACAGUCCGGCAAUGAGCCAAUCACAACCCACGGAAAUGUAUAAUACAGACAUCAGCCAAUCAGAGCCCUUUAGAUCUGAGACUGCAAUGAUGAGCCAAUCAGGACCCACCCAAUUGGAAUCUACAAUGAUAAGUCAAGUGGAACCUUUAGUAACCAGCCAAUUCGAGUCUACAAUAAGCCAAUUGGAACCCACAAAAUGUAAAAAUGUAGUGAUCAGCCAAUUAGAACCCUCCAAACUUGAGAAUACUGUAAAUAGCCAAUUAGAGUCCUCCAAAUUUGAGAAUACUGUAAAUAGCCAAUUAGAAUCCUCCGAAUUUGAGAACACUGUGAAUAGCCAUUUAGAACCCUCCAAAUUUGAGAAUACUGUGAAUAGCCAAUUGGAAUCCUCCAAAUUUGAGAAUAUUGUGAAUAGCCAAUUAGAACCCUCCAAAUUUGAGAAAACCGUUAAUAGCCAAGUAGAACCCAACACAUUUCAAAAUACAUUUAUAAGCCAAUCAGAACUCAUUGAUUUUGGGAAAAUAGCAAAAGACCAAUCACAUCCCCUCCAGACUUGACCACAUAUUGAGAGCUGUUUGAUCUGGUAUCCAGGAUGUUGUCAUCCCCAAGAUGGAGAUCAACAUCAGUGGAUAGCGAGAAGAUUUAAAAGAACACUUUAACUUAGGAAGUCCCUCAGGAAUGCUCUUAUCUCAUCUCUGUUGGGAAAAAUACAUGUAGAGCAUGUUCUUUACGUAGAUAGAGAACGCAAGUUUGAUAAAGAGCAGCAGCACUUCACGUGAAGUUUCAGUUUCAUCUUCUCUCCAGCAUCACAGGAGCAUCUUUUCGAUGGUGUAGCCACUUCUUGUGUUUGGCUAUUUAAAACCCUCCAAAUUAGAACCGAACUUGUGAACUUGUGUUUUAAGCCAAUUAGAACCGAAAAAUGGCAGUCAACCAAUCACAAUCCUUUCCAGAUUUGACCACAUACUGACCAUUUAUGACGAUCCAGUAGAAAUCCAGUAUGCCCAUGAUGGUGGAUAACGGUGAAUAACGAGAACUUUAUUUCUAUAUAUGAGAUAUUUAUAUUUUGAUCAUUGUGGUGAGAAUAUUAAACUGGAAACUUCUACGGUUGGAAAGGCUAUACAGCUCAAGUCAUACAGCUUCACGUGAAGUUUCGGUUUCAUCUUCUCUCCAGCAUCACAGGAGCAUCUUUUCUUUUUUCUUACAUGCUGCAAGCCUUCGAAUAUUAUUGUAAAACAGAAAUACAUACGCUCUGUUACCUCAUUAUUCCACCACAUGCAUUUUUUUAUAUUUUAUUUUCUUUAGUGUGAAAGUUGCAUGAAUUGUGACUUUUCUGGCUGUUUAAAUUGCAUUACAGCUACUCAGAUAUGUAUAAUUUUUUUUUUGUCACAGUCGCCUA